AUGGGUCAAUUUUCAAACGCCAUCAAAGCCGGCCAGACCGUCAUCGAACUCGGCCGCAACGCCCAAGGUCUCGCCGGCGCCGCCAACGAAUUCCGCACCGCAGACAAGGGCGAGAUGGGCCGCAACGUCGGCCGUGCCGCCUUCAACGAGGGUGCCGACACCGGCAAGACGAUGGGCAAGACGUGGCUCAAGACGUUCGAGGUCGUGCCACGCCUGGUGUGCCGCGGCCUGCAGUUCCUCUUCGCCCUGAUCGCCUGCGGCUUCUACGGCAACCGCGUACAAGCCGAUGACAAGGCUGACAACGGCUUCUCACCAGAGUGGAUUCUCGCCAUCACCGUCGCCGGCGCAGCUGCUGUCUCGUCGGUGCUCUUCGUUCUCGCGACGCCUCUCAGCGCUAUCCCAUUUAUUGGCAGCAGGGUCAAGCUGUUUAAGACGUACCGCGCCUUCGCCUGGGACUUGUUCCUAUUCAUCAUGUGGAUUGUGGUGUUUGGAAUCUUUGCUGGUAUCUUCCUCAAGAGGAGCAGUGAUGACAAGUACAAGGGUGCCAGCACCACGGCGAUGAAGACUGCCGUCUGGGUGGAUCUCGUCAACGCCAUUCUCUGGCUCAUUUCCGGCGUUUACGGAUGCAUCAAGACGUUCUUGGGAGACAAGGUUGAUCACCUGUCGGACAAGGCUGGAAAGAAGCUGUUUGAGAAGAAGAAGCCGGCGCCGGCGAAGGAUGGGUACGCUGAAAGCGUAUGA